ACACUAAAUAUAAAUACAGAGAAGAACAUCGCCAGCUGAGCUCUGUACUUGGAAGGAAGCAUUCUUCAUUUUCCGAUUCUGCUCCUCCUUCCCAUGGCUUCCUCCACCGUCAACCGAUGGCUGAGGCCCGAGGUGUAUCCACUAUUUGCAGCCGUAGGAGUAGCUGUUGGAAUUUGUGGGUUUCAAUUGAUUCGCAACGUCUGUAUCAAUCCUGAAGUCAGGGUGAACAAAGAAAACAGGGCAGCAGGAGUGUUGGAGAACUUUUCAGAAGGGGAGAAAUAUGCAGAGCAUGGUCUUAGGAAGUUCGUUCGUAACAGGUCUCCAGAGAUCAUGCCAUCUAUCAAUGGCUUCUUCAGCGACCCGAAAUGAUGGCCAAGUUUAAACCUAAAGUUUAUUGCUUGUUUAUGAUUAACUAAUUUCAAUUGUAUCAACUAAUUCCAAUUGUGUCACUUUACUCCUUUAUUUUUCUUUAAUUUAUGUACCUUUCUACUUAAUAUGAUAUCCGCAACCUUGUGUAACAUUUGUGAUUCAUUGAGCAGGCAACACUGUGAAAAAUUGAUCUUAAGAAAAUCAUGAGAACGCAGAUCUUCAAAGA